AAUGGGUGAUUAUUCUUUCUGUCUGUCUUUUUCCAGGUAACUGAGUAGAUGAAUGUACCCGAAAGUUUUAAUCUUCUAGGUAAUUAGGAGAAAUAGAUGGAAAGGAAAGUCAAUAAACCACGUGUCCCUGAAUAGGUCACACUAAUAGUCAGGAUGUCACUGUGAGGACAGGAAAUCCUUAAAUUAGACACAUCAUUUUAGUCUCUAAUUUAAUCCAUAAGCCAGAAUCAGAAUUUGUUUUCAAUCAUACACACACGGAUAUGUAAGUGAGGCUGUGAAUAGCUCAAAAGACACAAACAUGCAGACAAGAGGCUUGUUUAGUGCCUUUUCUUGCCAACUUCAAAAUAAUCCCUAGGAGGUUGAGAAAGCGAGGCUUAAACCUCUCAGAAUCAGACAAAAUUCUGUGUUUUGCAAACAGAGACAAGUGGGCUCCAAACUGAAGUUAAUGGGGUGAAUUGUCAGCUGCUCCGGAUGAGAGGAAGCCAAACACUCUGGGCUUGGAGCUGCUGGGCUCAGACGCCCAGACAAUACAGCCAAGCACUAAAUAAAAGUAACAGAGUUCAUCUUUACUGUGCAUUUCUGGAUUAUAGCAAUGGAACUGGGGUCUGGUCCAACGAGGGCUGUGUCCGUCAGGGUGGGGACCUCAACCACUCCCUGUGCCUCUGCAACCACCUCACCAACUUUGCCAUCCUGAUGCAGGUGGUGCCCCUGAAGGUGAGACUCAGCAAAGCACUAAACCUGCCUGUUCAAAAUGAAGCACAAAUGCAUCCUCACAUCUCGUAAGUGCCUGAGACUGGGCUCCUUUAUACCCAGCUUGGAUUUAUUUCUUGCUUCU